AUGUCUUCCGUCAACAAGAAGCUGCUCAAACAGGGCAACGGCCAAGACUAUCCCAAACCUGGAGAUGAAGUCACCAUCGAAUACACCGGCUGGCUCCAAGACCUGUCGGCAUCCAGCAACAACAACAAGGGAAAACAAUUUGACAGCUCGGUGGGUCGAGGAGACUUCAAAACCCAGAUUGGAACUGGAAGGGUCAUCCCAGGUUGGGACCAAGGAGUGCCCCAGAUGUCUCUUGGCGAGAAGAGUACCUUGACCAUCCCAGGACAACUUGCAUAUGGAGCCAGGUUAGUGAACCCCUCGACUCAACUCAAGGAGCCCAUCUCCAAUGAGUCUUGUCAUCUCAAGCAAUCCUACUUGCAUGGUCGGGGACUUGAGAAACUAUAG